AGAAAAGUCCGUGCAUCGCACGGGUCCCAACCAGCUUUCGUGCAUCCUCGUUCCACCCCGGUUCCAAGUUCUGUCGCCACUCCCCUGAAACGCAGUGUCGCGCAGUCACAGAGAAUGGAAAACCGAGAGGAUUUGAACUCAAUUCUUUCGUUUUUGCCUCUGGGGCUUCAGUCUUCCUCUCUGGCGUGGUCGUCGCAAGUAGUCGAAACUCUUCGAGCGCUGUCGAGAGGUCCCGAUCACAGUAGGGUAGACUCCGGAGAGGUUUUCUUCCUCGCCAUCUCCGAUAUGAGGGAGUCUCUCCGUCUGUCUUUCCAUCUUUUAGCUCUUUCAGCCGCCGAAGGAUACGCACUUUUCUUCGACGAUCUAAUGUCUCGUGUUGAAGCGUUGAAAUGGUUCGGGGAAGUUGUUCCGGUAUUGGCAGCUUUACUGUUGCGGUUGCCCUCUUUGUUAGAAAACCAUUAUCGGGAUGCAGAUGAUAUUCUUUCUGGACGAAAAGAGGGUUUGUCUGGAGUCAAAACUGGUCUUCGCAUAUUGGGUCCACAAGAAGCAGGCAUUGUUGUUCUCAGUCAGGAACUGAUCAGUGCUCUUCUUGCAUGCUCCUUCUUUUGUUUGUUUCCAACCUAUGAUAGAGGUGUCAAACAUCUUCCAGCCAUCAACUUUGAUUGUUUAUUUGCGAGCUUGUAUACUGGUUAUAACGAGAAGCAAGAACAUAAAAUAAAGUGUCUUAUACACUACUUUGAAAGGAUAUGUUCACAUAUGCCAAUGGGAUGCGUCUCAUUUGAGCGCAAAGUUCUUCCUUUGAAUCCUGAUCAUUCUGUUAUUUCUUAUCCCAGCAGUGAUUUCUGGAGUAGAUCUGCUGUUUCCCUCUGCCAUUUUGAGGUUUUACAUUCAGGACUCAUAGAAGAUCAACCAUGUGAAGCAUUGCAAGUUGACUUUGCCAACAAGUAUAUUGGGGGUGGUGCUCUUCAUAGGGGCUGCGUACAGGAAGAGAUCUGUUUCAUGAUCAAUCCUGAAUUAAUUAUUAGCAUGCUUUUCCUGCCAUCUAUGGCUGACAAUGAGGCUAUAGAAAUUGUUGGUGCAGAAAGGUUUUCAAAUUAUACUGGGUAUGCCUCGUCCUUCCGUUUUUCUGGUGACUAUCAGGAUAGAAAGCCAACAGAUCUCAUGGGUAGACGAAAAACGAGGAUCAUUGCCAUAGAUGCAUUAUGCAAUCCAAAAUUGAGACAGUACAGACUUGAAUUCCUCCUUAGGGAAACUAAUAAGGCCUUCUGUGGAUUUUUUGAUCAAUCAAAAUGUCAUCUGUAUCAGAAAAUGUUUCAAGAGGCACCUGGCACGAACAAUCUUAACAAGGAUGCCAAAGAGGUCAAUAAUAAGCCUGGGAAUGCCAUGUUGGAUGAAACUCCCUCAACUUCUGAGGAACAAGAGAAAGGAGCAUCUGGUGCAGAAUUGAUUGAAAAUUCUUACAGUGAACCAAGUAGUCAGUAUGCAGAAUCUCAAGAAAAUAUUGGGGUUGUAACAGGAAAUUGGGGUUGUGGUGCAUUUGGGGGAGAUCCCGAGCUUAAAACUAUAGUUCAGUGGCUUGCUGCAUCUCAGGCUUUACGACCUUUCAUUUCCCACUGCACAUUUGGAGAAGAGGCCUUGAGGACUCUAGAUCAGGUGAGUCAAUGGAUUCUUUCACAUGAAUGGACCGUUGGAGAUCUCUGGAACCUGUUGGCGGAAUACUCAAACCAGAGAUUGAAAGGAGAGACUAAUAUUGGCUUUUUCACUUGGCUCCUUCCAUCAUUGCCCAUGCAUGAUUCUUCCAUGGUAUCAGACAAGAACUGUAUAUGAGAAUGACAACAUUAAUGUACUAAGAAGAAAGGAGCCUUCUUUUAUGUGUUUUAGUUGUUUGGCUUUUUAGCACACUGGUGUCAAUUUGGAAAUUUUCAAAAUAUUGCACAUACCUUUUCCCAUAUGUGUGUAAUUUUGGUUGAAAUACAUCUAAUCAGAUCUGACAGCCAGUUCCCUGUUCUGACUUCUGAGAAGAAAGCUUACCGUACCUGCACCUCCGAAGGAAUCACGAGAGAUAUCUUGAGUUCCAUAGCAAAAGAAAAACGGAAAUAAAUAAAAAUCGGAGUUUCAUGCUGAUCAUCCAUUGGUUGAUUUGUCAAUUCGUGAAGAAAGUUUUACCCCAUUCAUUUGUAAUUGGUUCAGGUUCAGAUUUCAUUAUUGUCACUUUUUUCCAGGGGUGAUCCUGGGCUCUGAUUCAUCAUUGUCACUUUUUUA